GCGUGCAGUCAGUGAUGUUUGUGCAGCCGUCGCUCCAACAAUGCAGCUUUUAAUGGAGCUGUGAGAUGGAAACGCAGCAACACCGCCAGGCUGGCCGGGGACCGUAGCCGCUCAGAUUUAACACUGUCACACUUCUCACUAGCUCUCCGUCCGCUUGGGGGAGGAAUUAGCCUCCAUUUCCAGGACGCACUUUCUGCUGGAGGUUUCUAUUUUAAGAAGAUUAAAGAGAUUUAAAAAGAUCAACAUCCUGUGGGUUUUCUGAUGGGGGAUCAGAAAAUGAGCACAUCUGAGCCGUCACAUGAUCAUCAUGUACUCCUGGCUUCAUCCAUCAAGGGACUAUCCCUUUGCAUAUGCUGAACUGUUUCCUGGCAAACAUUCAGAGGAAUAGUUGAACCUCUCUCAACAGAAAAUGGCAUCAACUUUAGUGGGUAACAAUACAGAGUACAUUUUAGAGUACAGGUGAGGCUGAGCCUCAGCCCACACCGCCUACGGGACUCUUUGUGGAGGAACUCUGCAGCAGAUGACCUUUAGAGAAGAUUUAAUGGUUUAGUUUCUGUCCCACCACCUUGCUGACAAGGUCGACCAUGGCUGCUGCUCCUUAUAGAAACGGUUCCUUGGUGGGGCGAGGAAAGGACUGACCGGUAAACGAUGCAGCGUAACGGUGGCGGAGUGGGUGGCGGAGGCCAGACAUGGGUGCUGCGCCGGGUACGUCUCACAUGGCUCAGUUUCAUGCUCUUCUUCAUCUUGGUCUUCUUCCCGCUCAUCGCCCAUUACUACCUCACCACCAUUGAUGAAGCCGGCGGGCCCGACAAGCGCAUCUUUGGGCCCCGGCCUGGCGGAGAGCUGUGCGAAGCCAAACACGUACAGGACCUGUGCCGCAUCCGUGAGUCUGUCAGCGAGGAGCUGCUGCAGCUGGAGGCCAAGAGGCAGGAACUCAACGGCGAGAUUGCCAGGCUCAACCUCCGCAUCGAGGCCUGCAAGCGCAGCAUCGACAGCGCCAAGCAGGAUCUGCUGCAGCUGAAAAACGUCAUCAGCCAGACCGAGCAUUCCUAUAAAGAACUGAUGGCCCAGAACCAGCCCAAGCUGUCUUUGCCUGUUCGACUGCUACCAGACAAAGAGGACCCAGGACUACCUCCACCAAAGUCUCCGCGUUCCUGUCGUCUGCGGUCUUGCUUCGACUACGCACGCUGUCCUCUUACAUCUGGGUUUCCCGUUUAUGUCUAUGACACAAGUUCUUAUGCUUGGGGGAAUAAUCUUGACCCACUGGUGAAGCAGGCUUUUGCGGCAUCCGUUAAAAGCAAUAUUUAUGUAACUGAUAACCCAAGUAUCGCCUGUUUAUAUUUAGUUCUGGUGGGAGAGAUACUAGAGUCCUCCCCUUUGCCGUCUCCUUCAGAACUGGAGAAGCAGCUGAAAGCUCUUCCUUACUGGAGAUCUGAUGGACACAAUCAUGUUCUGGUGCAUUUCUCCAGGAAGUCCAUGACUCAGAACUUUUUGUAUAACGUCAGCACAGGAAGAGCAGCGGUCGCCCAGUCCACCUUCCUGGAGCAGCAGUACCGUGAGGGAUUCGACCUAGUUGUGUCCCCGCUGGUCCACGCUCUCUCAGAACCCAACUUUUUGGAGGUUCCGCCACAGGUUCCUGUAAAGAGGAAGUACCUUUUCACUUUCCAGGGUGAGAGGGUGGAGUCUCUAAGGAGCAGUCUCCAGGAGGCGCCCCCUCAAUCGUUUGAGGAGGAACUGCAGGGAGAUCCGCCCGCCGACUACGAUGAUCGGAUAAUUGGCACUUUAAAAGCAGUCCAGGACAGCCACCUGGAUCAGGUACUGGUGGAGUUCACAUGCAAGAACCCAAAGCCCAGUUUGCCGACAGAAUGGGCUCUUUGUGGGGAGAGGGAGGACAGGCUGGAGGUGCUCAAGGCUUCUACGUUCGCCCUGGUGAUCGCUCCAGGGGAUGGACAGCUGGUUGCCUCAGCAGGCUGCGGCAUGAGGCUGUUUGAGGCCUUGGAGGUAGGGGCGAUUCCUGUUGUGUUAGGGGACCACUCUAGACUACCUUACCACCAGUUUAUCCGCUGGACUGAAGCCUCCAUUAUAGUACCCAAGCCCCGUGUCACAGAGCUCCACUUCCUGCUGCGCAGCCUAUCGGACAAUGACAUGCUCGCCAUGAGGCGGCAGGGUCGUUUUCUCUGGGAGACGUACUUCUCAACCUCUGAAAAUGUUCUCAACACCAUCCUCGCAAGCAUACGAACCAGCAUCCAGGUUCCUGCCGCUCCAAUCAAGGACGAGCCCGCGCAUGAGAUUCCCCACAAAGCCGGGAAGCUGGCGGGAACGGACGCCAACCUGGCUGACAAUGGGGACCUGGAUCUGGGUCCCGUAGAGACGGAGCCUCCAUAUGCCUCUCCCCGCUUCCUCCGCAACUUCACAUACACGGCAGCAGACACGUACAGAUCAUGGAACAGGGCCCCGGGGCCCUUCCAUCUGUUUCCCCACACUCCUCUGGACCCGGUGUUGCCCUCGGAAGCCAAAUUCCUCGGCUCUGGAACCGGUUUCAGGCCCAUUGGUGGGGGCUCUGGGGGCUCUGGGAAGGAAUUUCAGGCUGCUCUGGGAGGGAACGUCCCCCGAGAGCAGUUCACUGUGGUCAUGCUGACAUAUGAAAGGGAGGAAGUGCUGAUGAACUCUCUGGAGAGGCUAAAUGGGCUGCCGUACCUUAACAAGGUAGUGGUGGUGUGGAAUUCACCAAAACCUCCUUCAGAUGACCUCCUCUGGCCAGACAUCGGCCUGCCUAUUGUGGUUGUCCGCACAGAAAAGAACAGCCUCAACAACCGCUUUCUACCCUGGGACGUCGUGGAAACCGAGGCCGUCCUCUCCAUCGAUGACGAUGCUCAUCUUCGGCACGACGAGAUCAUGUUUGGCUUCAGAGUGUGGCGUGAGGCCAGAGAUCGCAUCGUCGGUUUCCCAGGGAGGUAUCAUGCGUGGGACGUCAACCAUCAGUCCUGGCUCUACAACUCCAACUACUCUUGUGAGCUCUCCAUGGUCCUGACAGGAGCCGCUUUCUUCCAUAAGUACUACGCCUACCUGUACUCUUACGUGAUGCCCCAGGCCAUCAGGGACAUGGUGGACGAGUACAUAAACUGCGAGGACAUCGCCAUGAACUUUCUGGUGUCUCACAUAACCCGCAAACCACCGAUCAAGGUAACCUCGCGCUGGACGUUCCGCUGCCCCGGCUGCCCUCAGGCCCUUUCACACGACGACUCGCACUUCCACGAGCGCCACAAAUGCAUCAACUUCUUUGUCAAGGUGUACGGUUACAUGCCGCUGCUAUACACGCAGUUCAGAGUGGACUCUGUGCUGUUUAAGACUCGCUUGCCCCACGAUAAGACAAAGUGCUUCAAAUUCAUCUAGCCUGGGGGUCGAGCGUCUUCGCAGGCGGCCGGAGGGGGAGAGAGAUUGAUAGACUGAAACAUCCACUGCAGGUAGUGAUGAAGACUGACGGCUGGACUGCAGGAUAAAUAUGCAGGAGGAAGCUUUCGGGCUCGGAUUUUGUGGAGGUGGAUCGAACGUUUAACCUUAACCAGCUGGAAAUUCAGAGAGUGUAGGUUGAGAGAAACCACUGCCGAGAAAUGAAGCCUUUUCAGCGGACGUCACUUCUUGUUUUUAUUUUUUUGUUUCUUACACGCCGUUUCAAUCAUGUUGAAUCAUCAACCACUAGUUACAGAAGAUAUUUGCACCUCUUACCUGCCUGCCACGGAAAAGCAGGCAGACCUACAGUGUACAGAAACUUCUUCACUCCUCCUGAUGGUGGAGCUGCAGAAGUAACAGACGGAAUUAUGGCUUCAGCUGAGAGCGAUUCAGUUGAAAACUGUUCUUCAAACUCAAGCACUGAUGGUCCUACGUAUUUUAUCGGACAGUUUUUUUUUUUUUUUUAAUUUUUAAAUAAUGUCGUUUAAAUGUGUAAAUUUACGUCUAGUGGAAACUUUGAGACCUCCCUGCCUUUUGGGAAAUCAAAAAUGACAACAGCUCAGUCCAAUCAUGUCUUUGCAGCGUUGCGUCCUCCAGAGGGAAUUCACUUUAGCGGUCACCAUAAUGCCUCAAAUGUGUCAAUACAACUAACAAUCAGGCUGUCCAACUCAAGUCAUUUUUAAUGAAGUGAUAUUAACCAAAUGGCUGAAAAUGAUUAAAUAUCACAAAAAUCAACACAGUUUCAGUGGAAUGUAUUAUGGAUGCAAUUAGAGGUCUGUAAAACCAUAGUCAGAAGUUUAUAUACACUCAUCAGCAUAAAUCCCAUAUCAAUGGGUAAAAAUAUAACAUUUCUGUGAUUAUUAAAUGCAAUUUGUUGAGCUAGUUUCAAUUUAUUUUUGAUUGCUUUUUUUUUUGUUUACUCAUUAUGCAUACACACACAUUUUGGGGGGUUUCUGAUUAAGUUUAUACCUUAACAACCAUCAGAAUGAUCCACACAUAACCCAGGCUGGAUGUUUGACCUCUGACCACUACAGAAUUGGUAAAAUUCAAAUAAAUUGGUUUGUUCUCUUGUUACAAAGCUCCAUUUGAAGUGCAGGUUAUACAUUUUCACUAGAAGGUCUAUUCUAGUACUAGUCUUGACUUGCCCUGCCAGACCAUACAACUUUAUCCUCAUGUCCAUGAGGAGUGUAUGUAAUUGAUGUGAACGAAAACAGUUUGGAGGUUUUAGUCUUCCAUUUUUCCAUUCACUUCGUGAAAUACACCAGUGUCUCUUGAAAUGAACUGGAGCAACAUUAUUAAACCAGCACAACUGCCCUUGACACUUGGUAGUGUGCUUAGAUUUUAAAAUCUGACAUCUCCGAAUAAACUUCCUGUUAUCGUGACAAUCCUCGUCUCCACUGACGGUAAAAAUCCUCAAGAAGGAAUUGGGCUGGUCCAUGUGGGCAGCUGCAGAUUUCAAUCCGGUUUGAAUGUGCCGAUGUUGGACCGUGCAGUAGUAGUUGUUCAGAACCCUCCCAGUCGACGUUAAUGUUAUGCUGAGUUUGCUGUAGACCACGAUGCUGACAUUCCAGCAUGUUGUUGUUUGCGAUUGAGGCUUGGUGGUUCUUGAACAUCCUUCCCCGUUUCCUUUCUUCUGACAGAUUGAGUUCUGACCCAAACCGUGAAAACGUGAACACAGUUGAGUGUUUCAACGGUACAAUAAUACCAAACCAGAUCAAACAUGCUGUUGAAGGCUCACGUUAUUUUUCCUGCCCUGCAGUUUUUUGUUUUUUCGUUUUGGUAUUUAUAAGUAUGGAGAAAUAAUUUUCUUUCCAGUCUUUAAUCUCUAUACUAUUGCCUAAUGACAUGUUCUUGCUUCUGCCUUCAGUUCCCAGUUUGUUUUACAUGUACUUCCUUUCCUUGUCCAUUGUCUCUUGCUCCCUCACUUCCUUGAGCACUUCGUUAUUUCCUUCCUUGACUUAAAUUUUUCUCGUUAUUCUUUCCUGGUGGAAAAGUUUAAACUCUCACAUAGGAACUGUGCAGGAACUAUUACUAUUGAUGUGAAUAUAGUGCUUUAAGCUGCUUCAGUGAGGGGAAACAAACCAAUUAUAAAAUAAUCUCUAUUAAUUCUGCUAAGAAGAGUUGUCCAAUAUUCAGCCAGGAUCUUGUCAGAAGCUUUGGAAGUUGUAAAUAUAGAUAUUUAAGCGAAACUUCUGCGCACCAUUUUUUUUUAUGCAAUACUGAAGUUGCAAGAAAAAAACAGUUCAAAUGCAUCAUUCAAAUAUUCAAAUUAAUGUCCAUCGUGUCCAUGAGGAGUGUAUGUAAACUUCUGACUAGAACCACGCACUUGGGUCAUUAAAUCUGAAACUACAGGCAACAGUUUUUCUUCCUCCGUCAAAUUGUGACAAAUUUCCCUCCUACUAGCACAUUCACAUCGCGCUAAUUCAUUUUGUUUUGUCUCACGGAGGAGCGCAAGGGUAAUGAUCUGAGAGAAGAAAUGGUCCAAAACAACAACUCGUUGAUCUGGCCUCUAAAGAUACUUAAUGUGCUCCCGUUUUCCUUUGCUACCAUUCGUGUGCUUGUACUGAGCUGACAGCAUGAGGCCUGUUCCCAGAGUUCGGAAAGCUUGAAUGUCGUCACCGUAACGGCAAGUCCUGCCUUUUGCGGCACAGAUCUGGAGCGCGUCUCGUGUAGAUGGUAACUUUUUACAUCUGUUCUUUUUACCUUUUGCUUGAUGAAUGUUUCUUUUUUUUUUUGUUUUGUUUUUUUUGUUUUGCCAAAUGAGUACGAUGUCUGCAGCUACACGGCAUAAAUCUGCAAGGUGCUCACUAAAGGGAUGCAGAACGGUACGACCCUCAUCAAACCACCGAAGCCUAACCCAUCAUGUAUUAUAAAUCCAAAGUCUCUCGUUAUUUGACUGUCUGUUAAUUUUCUGUAAUCUUAAUAUAAAACUUGGAGGAGCAAAAAAAA